AUUUACUCUCGAUCCCGCACACUGCUCGCUCUCAUCUUUCCCCUCUCCCUCGUCUUCUCCUGUAAGUCGCCGCCGCCGCCGUUCCCGCCGCCAGGCCCAGCCGCCCCCGUCGCCGGCCGGAAUCUCUCCUCCGCCGACAGAUCCGGCCGUCCUAGGCUGACUCCCGCCGGAUCCCGUCCUCGGCGCCGCCGGUCGCGCGGGGUGGGAGGAGCUGCGACACCAUGGCUUAGAGGAGCUAGGCCCGACGCCCGAGAGACCAUCCCGAGCCAGGGGAAGCACCAGGACGACCGCUCUUCUUCCCCGUCCCGAGCAAGAUAAACAUAUAAUCUUAAUGGGGCAUGAUCAUAUCACUCAUAUAGAGGUAAGUUGGUCAGUCUCAAGUAUUAUAUGUCUCUAUAAUCACUUUAUCCUGACAUUUCUUGUUCUUACUUUUUUGGGGGUACAGAAGCUCACGGCGGAUGGUUCCGUUGCUGACAGGAAAUGUUGCCAGGAACCUGGCUGCGAUGAAAUUGUCAGUGGAAGGGUAAUGUACUGCAAUAGUCACACUAGAGGGCAUUCAUCCCAACAGCUUGGUUACCUCCAGAGUUCACAGAAAACCUCAGAUUUAUACAUGCCCCCUGUUAAAGGCAGACAGUGUACUGAACCCAGUGCCAGUGCAGAGCAAGAUGUAAGUAUCAAGUAUGAGGGGAAUGAUCAAGGCAAACUCAAUGAUAGAUCUGGGAAUACUGAGGGAAACACUGAGCAACUAGUCUUGGGUGGCCCUGACACGCUUUGCAAGCACGACAACUGCAAAAAGCAGGCCCAGAGUAACGCAUUGUACUGCAAGCUACAUAGUGGUGGUAGUAAGGGUUGCCUAGUACGGGACUGUGUGAAAGCCGCACAUGGUGGCACACCUCUAUGCAUCGGCCAUGGAGGAGGGAAGCGUUGCAUCGUUGCUGGAUGUCCAAACGCUGCAUGUGGCCAGGGCCGCAGUGAGCAUUGCGUGAGGCAUGGUGGUGGCAAGAGAUGCAAAUUCGAAGGGUGCGUGAAGGGCGCGCAAGGGAACACAGACUUCUGCAUCAGGCACGGCGGGGGAAGGCGGUGCAAAUCCGAAGGAUGUACAAAGAGUGCACAAGGACGCACGGAUUUCUGCAUCAAGCAUGGCGGCGGCAGUCGGUGCCAGUUCCAAGGAUGCAACUCCAGCGCAAAAUGGGGGACGGAUCACUGCUCCGUGCAUCGAAAGAGUUUGCUGGGCGAGACGCCUGAAGCCUUGCCACUUCCUUCUGCCAAGCGUCGCGGGGCCAAGAAGCCCAAAAAGGAAGUGAAGCCGCCGCUUCUGGCCUCCCAGUUGACUGUCACCACUGCUGCGUCUACUGCUGGGAGCAGCACGCCGCAAGCAAAGGGUAUUCUUCAUAUGCCUUCAAACCGUGAGUUGUCGCACAAGAUCGUGAUGGCGGCCGGGCAAGCCGCCAUGGCUCCUGCCCAGGUUUUACCACUGUCCAUGAAACCACCAGCACUGUCCAUGAAACCUCCAGCGCCGUCGCCGUCGGGGACGGAGAAGGAAGCGCCGACGAGCAGCACGACGCUGAAUCUUUAGAAAACUUCCAUGGUGCAGGUGACUUCUUGCAUCAUGCAGGCUGUCAAUCUCUGAUUACUGUUUCGGACCGAAAACAUCCAUGGCUUUAGCAGACGGUGACUCGUCCAUGGUGAAAGUUGUUGCUAGCUUGACGUCGCCUUUUUCUGUUUGGUCUCUUUUCCGUCUAACAUGUCAAAUCUCUAUAUUCUGUAAUGGCGUGUGGUGCGUCGUUGUGUGGAAACUGGAAACUGCUCGUCGGACUAUAUGAGGUUGUGGACGAUUGGCUAGAAAUCUGCAUCA